AUGGUACCGGAAUUGACCAUCAUUCCCGGCAUUGGCAUUGGCCGGAUAGAUGGAGAGAUCAUGGAGACUCUCUGGGCACGUCUUAACCUAAUUUCCCCCACUGCUUGGGGAAUGUCAUCCCCUCAUCGACAGGAAUGUCUCGAUUUUCAGAUGAACGAUUCCAACUUCUGCAAGAUGAUCCACAUGAAAAGGACCCUUUGCUGUAAAUACAAGCAGGCGAAAAAUUGCAUCGCCGAAAGUGAAAAGGCUUUCGACAGACUCGAUGAAGCAGCACCCACUAAUUUGAAGACAGAAUGGUUGGCCAAUGAGAGGAUCACUCAAUCCAGCAGAAUAAAUAAUCCUGUGGCGAUGGAUGUUUACAAGAUAAAUAUCAAGAAGGCACCAAGCAAAAAGGAAAUUGAACUUAGACUGCUAGAGCAGGGUAAUGCCCGUAAUACAGCACCAUCUCGGAGAUCUGUGGCGAUAUGGAUAUCUAUGGGGUUGGCAAUCGAGGAGGCUCAAAUUGCAUUGCUCAUUGAGAGAUUAGACCUCGCCCGGCAACGAGAUCAUCUCCAAGGCCAGAUAGAUGGAUUUAUGCAUUCUGCUGUCACGCAUCUCGGAGAGGGAUUCGAUGGAGAUGACAAUCAUAAUGACUUGAACAUAGACAUCCUAGAUGAUCUUGAUGAUGACCCAGAAGAUUUUACCAAGACAUCUGAUACAUGGACGAACUCGCCUGAGCUCAUUGUGAUCCCAUUGCCAUCAAACCUCAGGGUAGAUCGAUGCAGACACUUGAUGGCAGAGGAUCUCAUUCCGCUGGAGAUGUCCCUUCACAACCUCCACAUUCAAUUGUGCAACAAGGCAGUCCUAUUCCAAAUGACAGUCAGGCAAGCCAAAUCUCAAGCCCUGAAAACUCGAGCCUGGUCGCAGGUGACAUCAGUGCAGCAGGCUGUCUCCCUGCAUAAGUACAAACCCCUGCUUCAUGAGCAGCUCAAAGUCAGCACUGCCAUGGGUGAUCCAAAUGCCCACGGUCAAUGA